AUGGACAAGGCUGUCGUUCAGACCAAGCUUGCAACAGUGAGAGCGGUUGUUGGCAGAACCGGUUCUCAGGGUCAAUGUACACAGGUCCGUGUGGAGAUUCUGGAUGAUACUAAUAGGACAAUCAUAAGAAACGUGAAAGGCCCCAUUCGAGAAGGCGAUAUUCUUACUUUGUUGGAAACUGAAAGAGAAGCAAGAAGGUUACGUUAA